GAUACUAAGGAAUUUAUUGUACAUAGCUUAGCUGAAAAGCGUUUACAAGCUAGAGUUGGUGAUUAUUAUGAAUGUGUUUCAGAGACUCAAUUUGUUUUUGAUACAGAAAAUAGUACAGUAGUUAAUUCGAAUAAUAAUUACAAUAAAUCACAUAACGACAAAUGGAAUAUUAUAAUGAGUUUACAAAGUGUACGCUCUCAAGCAUUUGCUGACGUCAAUGUACCAGAAUUUACUGGAGCAAAUGUUGUGUGUGCUGGUGAUAUCUCACAUGAUAUGAGUCUAUCUAUUGCAAUUGGUUUAUCAUUGUGCAGUUUAGUUAUUUGUGUACUAUUCGGUUUAGCAAUUAAUCAAUUAAGACAAAAAGAUGAAGUCUUUAAACCUGUGGAUACAACAGGAGAUGACCAAAAGUCAUGAAAAUAUAACGAUGAUUAUGAACAAUGUUCUCAAAUUGCAAACAUUUAGCAUUAUUAUCACAUUCAUGACUUACAUUACUCAUUUUUAAGUUCACCAUUAUUCAUUAUAUCAGUCACCUAAACCAGAUCAGUAAAAAUUUUGUGACGGAAGACGGGCGAUAGUCUAUGCAUUUUUUCACAUUUAAUUAUUUCUAUUUUAAUUUUGGAAUAAAUACUACUUAUAGAAUUCCUACCGUCCAUGUUUUUCUUCAAGAACUUAUUAAGUAAAAGAUGACAAUCCAGUAAA